AUGGUUUUCUUGGCGAGGCAGCUACCAGAAAAAUGUCGAGAACAACAAAAACCUCUUUACAUGGGAUUCAUUGACCUGACUCAAGCUUUUGACACUGUCAAGCGUGAGCUGCUCUGGGAGAUACUAUCUAGAUAUGGAUGCCCAACAAAAUUCAUAAAGAUCCUGAGGCUACUGCAUGAUAAUACGUCGGUGACUGUAAUGGCUAAUGGUAGCCUUACUGAACCUUUCAAAGUUAAGUCAGGCGUAAAACAGGGUUGUGUCGCUGCUCCUACCUUGUUUUCCAUAUUUAUAACUGUUGUUUUGCACCUCACUCGAGAUAAAUUGCCUCCAGGUAUCUCCAUCAAUUACAGAAAAGACGGAGGAAUAUUCAAUCCCAACCGGCUAAAGAUCGAUGCAGUGGAGCGAUCUGCUUGGAGAGUUAAAGUGAAAGAUGGAAUUAAAAAUUAUGAAGAGAACAGAAAGCAUCAUCUGGAGAACCGUAGAGCUGCAAGACAAGCUCGUCAGGUCCAUCCACAGCCUCCACUCUCAAACAACAAAUGCCCAAAUUGUGACAGAGCAUGUAGCUCGAGAAUUGGUCUCAUUAGCCACAUAAGAACCCAUCAAUAA